GGGCGUAUGAGGAAGUUACAAUAGACGGUGGAUAAAAAGAACAACAGUUCAGUCGACUUGCCACGUUCAAAAUGCCCGCAAAGAAAGUCUGCAUCGUCGGAUCUGGCAACUGGGGUUCCUCCAUUGCCAAAAUAAUCGGGCGCAAUGUCAAAGCAUCCAACCGGUUCGACCCAAUGGUAAACAUGUGGGUUUAUGAAGAAAUGAUCGAUGGGAAGAAGCUCACAGAGAUCAUUAAUACAGAGCACCAGAAUGUCAAAUACCUACCAGGGCACAAGCUGCCCAGGAAUGUGGUCGCCGUUCCGGACAUCACAGAAGCUGUCAAAGGAGCAGCGAUCCUCGUCUUUGUGAUCCCUCACCAGUUCAUCGGCAAACUGUGUGAUCAGAUGAAACCUCACAUCACGGAGGGAACCAUCGGGAUCUCACUCAUCAAAGGUAUCGAUGAAGGUCCAGACGGACUGAAGCUCAUCUCAGACAUCAUCCGAGAGAAACUUGAGAUCGAGGUCAGCGUCCUAAUGGGGGCCAACAUCGCCAGCGAGGUGGCCGAUGAGAAGUUCUGUGAAACUACAAUCGGGGCAAAAAAUGAAGCAAAUGGCCAAAUCUUCAAAGAGCUGCUUCAGACUCCAAACUUCCGCAUCACCGUCGUAGAAGAGUGUGACACAGUGGAGUUAUGUGGAGCUCUGAAGAAUAUCGUGGCGGUAGGUGCUGGAUUCUGCGACGGCCUGGGUUUUGGAGACAACACCAAGGCGGCGGUGAUCAGGCUGGGUCUGAUGGAGAUGGUCGCCUUUGCCAAGCUGUUCUGCAAAGGCCGAGUGAGCUCCGACACUUUCCUGGAAAGCUGCGGCGUGGCCGACCUCAUCACCACCUGCUACGGGGGGCGAAACCGCAAAGUGGCUGAGGCCUUUGUCAGGACGUCCAAGUCUAUCGUUGAGCUGGAGGCAGAGAUGCUCAACGGGCAGAAGCUGCAGGGCCCACAGACCUCCGCUGAGGUCUACAAGCUCCUACUAAAGAAGGACAUGAUCAACACAUUUCCACUGUUUUCUGCGGUCUACCAGAUCUGCUUCGAGGGCAGAGAGGUGAAGGAGUUCAUCACCUGUCUGCAGAACCACCCAGAGCACAUUUGAUGAGUCCGUCUUCAUGUCCACUGCUGCUGCGUCUGUAGCUAGUUCCCACCACUAGAGGGAGGCAGAGAUGCAUCAGAUAGAAAACGCACACUAUAACUAAAGAGAUACAACGAGCCACUUUUUGUUGUUUGUUUUGUGAAGUAGAGGUAGUGGGUUUUAAGGUAAGCUAAGUUAUACUUUAUCAUCCCACAGGGCUCCAACUAAAAAAAACCUCAAAUUUCUCAUUCUGUUGUUUUCUCAAUAAAAUAAACUCAUAGGAAAC